GUCAGGACGAUUCCUACAAGGCUGAAUAUCUCCGGUACCUUUGCAGAAUGAGCGGAGUUUGAACUGAGUCAACACUAUGAACAAACUCAAUUGCUAGAAGUCAAAAGCCACCACUAAUCUCCAACUCUCACCGACUCGCCGUGUGUCUGCAACACAUUCUUGCCGCAUUCACAAAAAGCACAUCGCAUCGGGAAUACCCCACCGAGAUGCCAGCGACCGCAAUGCUCUCUGCCCACCCCGCCGGGGCGUCCAUCCCAAUCAGCAAUCCCCUCCCGUUCACCUCAUCCGGGCGUCUUACCAACAAUGUGCUCCUGGUGCAUUCAUCGGUGGGCAAGACCCGCCCGACUGUGUACAGCUUGCCGACUACGAAUCAUGUUUAUGGGAAGAAAGUUGAGUGGGACGAUUAUGGAUGUGCGCAAGUGCUGCAACACUGGCACGCCAAAGUCCAAGCAGCCAACGCCAAAGCCGAGCCCCGGACCCUCGACUACAUCGCCAUGAACCGCGGAGCCGCAAAGGAAGGGAUCAUCAACCCGAAGGAUCUGCGAAAGUACCGCAAGCUGCACCCGAUUCGCAUCCAAGUGGGCGUCAAGGGCUCUUCGUCAAGCAUUCCGGUGACGGCUGGUGUUGGAGGGGUGUUGAAUAGGAAGGCUCCGAUUCCGAGUGAUGCCAACCCGGCUUUUACAUAUGGGAAGCCAACGAGACCAAGUACUCCUGUUGCGGACUUGAUGACGGACCGCUAUCAACGGGAAUGGCAGUUGCAGCAAGACAAAAAGCUCGCGCACGAGCGGUCGUUGCCAAAGGUCAAAUCAAACAAACCCAAGCCAGCCAAGCACCGCGACACCGACACCUCGGAUCGCAUCCCCUUCGUCAACAUCGCCGAGCGGGACCCCAAAUCCCUCUGGAAGAUCAGCAAGUUUCAAAAAGUCGGCGCUCACCUCCACACAUGGCGAGACGAGAGCGAGGCCGCCCUGCGUUUCGAAGCCAACCCUCGCCCGGUCUUCCGUGUCGCCGACGACAAAUGGCUCGGUCUGCCGCCACGCGAGUUGACAAGGCCGAUCUAUAUGCAGAAGGGGUAUGAGAAACGCCAGGAGGAGGCGGCUGUCCCGCCGGCUGCGGAGCUCAAUAAGAAGGCGCAGGAGAGGAAGGAGGAGGGUAAAUCUGGGGAGCAGGGUGGUUGUGAUACGGCGGCCGCUGGCAAGAGUGUCCGAUUCAACGACGUUGCCGACAAGGGUACCGAGAAGGACAAGCAUUCCCCAUCCGCUGAGGCAUAAGGUGGAACGACCCGGAUGGAAUAAACGCCAUAACGGCAAUGCUCGGUCCGUCGCCAUGUGGAACACAUG